UCCACUUCUCACAUUGACAACACCUUGCAACUGCAGUCAUCAACAAUUGUCCUGCAAAUUCUCUCCUCCAUCCCUCCUCCAUCUCGCGCUUCACUCAACUUGUCCCCUCUUCUUCGUCUUCCGCAGCCGCCAAGAUGGUCAACAUCAGCGAAGUCAAGGGUAAUGCGCGCGAAAAUCGAACGGCAGCGCACACUCACAUCAAGGGCCUGGGUCUGAGGCCUGACGGCACCGCUGAGACUUCUGGAAAUGGCUUUGUUGGACAAACCGCUGCCCGAGAGGCGUGCGGCGUCGUGGUAGACCUUAUCAAAGCAAAGAAGAUGUCCGGUCGCGCAGUCCUACUGGCAGGCGGGCCGGGAACAGGAAAGACAGCACUCGCACUCGCUGUCUCACAGGAGCUGGGAACAAAAGUCCCCUUUUGCCCCAUCGUGGGAAGCGAAAUCUAUUCUGCUGAAGUCAAGAAGACGGAAGCCUUGAUGGAAAAUUUCAGACGAGCCAUUGGUCUGCGAGUACGAGAAACAAAGGAAGUUUACGAAGGCGAAGUGACUGAGCUCAUCCCCGAAGAGGCCGAGAACCCCUUGGGUGGCUUUGGCCGAACCAUCUCUCACCUUAUCCUCACCCUGAAAUCUGUGCGUGGAACCAAGAAGCUUCGUUUGGACCCCAGUAUAUACGAGGCCAUUCAGAAAGAACGAGUCGCUGUGGGCGAUGUCAUCUAUAUCGAAGCCAACACGGGCGCGUGCAAAAGAGUGGGACGAUCAGAUGCAUACGCAACAGAAUUCGAUUUAGAGGCUGAAGAGUACGUCCCUGUGCCCAAGGGAGAAGUCCACAAGAAGAAAGAGGUUGUUCAAGACGUGACGCUACACGACCUCGACAUUGCAAACGCCAGACCACAAGGAGGCCAGGAUGUUAUGAGCAUGAUGGGCCAAUUGAUGAAGCCCAAAAAGACCGAAAUCACAGACAAAUUGAGAUCCGAAAUCAACAAGGUCGUCAGCAGGUAUAUUGAUCAAGGCGUUGCUGAAUUGGUCCCUGGCGUCCUCUUCAUUGAUGAGGUCCACAUGCUUGACAUCGAAUGCUUCACGUACCUCAAUCGCGCCCUUGAAUCACCCAUCUCACCCAUUGUCAUCCUAGCCUCAAACCGUGGCAACACCAUCAUCCGUGGCACACACGAUAUUGUUGGCGCCCACGGUGUUCCACCAGAUCUCCUUGCCCGUCUUCUCAUCAUCCCCACUCACCCAUACAACGCCUCAGAAAUAUCCACCAUCAUCCGUCUGCGCUCCAAGACUGAGGGGCUUGCCAUCUCCGACAGUGCCGUGGAAAGGGUUGCUGGACAUGGCACUAGUGUCAGUUUGAGAUACGCUCUACAAUUGCUUACACCAUCAAGCAUCCUGGCCAAGGUUAACGGAAGAAGUGAGAUCACGCCGGAAGAUGUGGCCGAAUGCGAAGAUCUAUUUAUCGACGCCAGAAGGAGCGCAAAGGUGGCCGAGCAGGCCGGCUCAGCGUUCAUCAGUUGAACUACAGCAAGCUGAACAUGAUGGCCUCCAUUUGGCCACUCGUUGUCAUUCAAUCGUCCGGAUUUUGGUACUCAUCAGCCUCGCUGCAGCUAGAUUUUUGGCGGGACCCCGCCUCACGCUCCUCCCGGGUCAAAAGACGGGCCGCUUGCGAUUACAAUAAUCGUGUCGAACAAUGACCGCGCUGCUUGGCCCGGGUGCGACUGUCAGUCACCGGCAUCACUAGACUCUGAGGCGCGGAAUAAACUUCUCCGACGCCGCUACAAUCAACGUCCGCAACUUAGCUGAUGCUCGCUUCAUCCCUUCAUCCCUUCAUCGCCUCGUCGGCAUGUGUCAUGAGUAUAUACCAUCGGGUAAACGGGCAAGGCAGUCUUUGAGCGACAGACUAGCAAACAGCUUGGUUUUCGGGCGCAGAGAAGGUGUGAGCACCCUUAACAUGAUGUCUUACUAUUAGGAGAAACUGUACCAAGAUAUGUUUUGGAGUAAUCUUAAAAACUGCAUUGCUAUUGUAAACA